AUGGCUGAGAAGCGACGUUUGGAGCCACUCGGGGCCCUGAGUUACAGCAAGCACCCUCGACUGGAGGUGGAGGCAGGCCAUGUUCUCUCGUCGGGUUUGUGCAGGUCGAGCACCCUGCCUGGCUACACUUCGGACAACCAUUACAGCUACAAGGGAUCGUGCUUUGCCUACCCGCUUCAAUGCCACGAAGGGCCCAAGUCUUUGUCUCCCUGGACUCCCACCGAGACCUACGCCCAUUGCACGGGUGCCGCGGCCAGCCACCCCCCGAGGACAGACAAAGCCCUGUGCAUGCUGUACAGACCGGAAGCAGAAAGUUUUGGGGCACGGGGUCAAAUUCCUGGGCACGAGAAGGCUGGCAGCAAGUGCAUGGCUGCUCAGGAGAAGUUGGCCAACUACAUGGGCCAUACAGGACUCACUCAGCAGGCCUGGGUGCACAGCUACCCGGCACAGCAUUCUCCUCGAACAGCGGCAGGUUUCUCGACUCUGGCGGUGCCGAAACCGGUGUUCCGGAACCACAGUUACUGUGCUGAGUCCAGCUACAGUCCGAAAGGCUCCCUAGCCUUGGGGAUGCAGGUGGAGAGCAUGCCCAAGCAGCCGGCGGGAGCAGAAUGGGCUCUGCCACCGUCUGGACACCUGGUUCACGUGGAGAGGCCUGGUUGUGGCACAGCCGUGCCCCCCAAAUCGGUAGUUUCUGAAUCGGGUUACCUGCCAUCCCACCAAGGGUCCAAAGACACUUCUGUGAGCCCGGUUGGCUUUUCGCCGUUCCGCAAAGUGUUUGAGAAAUGCCAGGCCACAUACCACAGCCCGCCGAAUAUCCCUGAGGCUCGUGGCGGAAGUCCUCGCAAACAUGCCUGGUCAAAGCUACCUCCUCCUACCAGCCCACUGGCCAAUCCCCAGAACCUGGUGUACCAAGAGAGGUCACCUGCAUGUUACCCGCUCACUUCCUACGCGCUGACUUCACACGAACAGAUGCUGUUGUACCACCAGAGCUGUGUUCAGGCAGAGAAACCCAAUUCCCUCUUUGCUCUGCCAGCCUGCAAAGGCUUUGCUUCUCCGGGCCGCGAUGAUCCUCAGCUUCUCCCAGGCUCUUACUUAACACCACAGAGUUAUUAUCCUAGUCACUUGGACAGCUAUAUCUACAGAUCACUUGGUCCUCCUCCUCCUCCUGCGGCAACCCCGCCCAGCCACCAGCCUUUUCGGGAACAUGAGCCCCAGCCAAACGCGAGGACCAAAGCGGACUUGGUGCACGAGGCUCCCAUCUCCAGCUGCACUCUGUCGGAAAAGGCUUCGUAUUGUGGCUCUUUCUCCAGCAGAGAUGGCCUUCCGGAUUGUCGCGAGGGCGAUCACGUAGCCAAGCUAAGCAACGAGAACAUUCCGAGUCAAUGGGCACCUCCUCAACGCCAGCCUUCGCAGAUGCACCACCCUGCGGACAGAUUGCCUGGCUUCCUUAGUAGGUUUCGGUCCAUGCAAGAGGCUGCCUGCAGGGUGGGUCGGAGCCAUUCGGAAGAGGCCAACGCUAAGGGAGAGGAACUCUGUGACACACCCAGAAGGUCCGCUUUAAUACCCGAAGCCAAGAAAAGCAACUUCUGGGCUUGCAAAACUGAAUCAGGGAAGUGCAUCGUGAUUUCGGACAGUCCAGUUGCGUCCCAUGAGUCCUGCAUUAAAGGAGAUCUCCUCCAAAACAUCCUUGAGGAUUCCGGUUCCUCAUUCCAAAGUAUGCGGCAGCCAUCGGAGGACAAAGGAAGGGGUGCUAAAAGACCCGAGGAACCCCUCCCCUCUUCUUCCCCUCCUAUGCCUGUUAUCAACAAUGUCUUUAGCUUGGCGCCUUACCAACGUUACCUGGCUGAUUCGGAGUCAGCGGAGAUUUCGCUCUCUAAAAGCUGUCAAACCCAGGAGACUGCUUUUGGUAACUCAGCCAAAUGCAUGGAAGUCCAGAGCCCACCGCGGCCAGACCCUGUACGGUCAGGGGAAGUGUCUCAGGCACCGCUGCCCGGAAGGAAAGAAACCACUUGUGAUGUGAUGGCAAAAGUUGUUAAAAGGGAGCCAAGCAGAAACUGUGCAGGGGUUGUGAGAGGGCAUGAAGAUAAUGCUGGGACUUGGGAGAGCUGCCGGAUCAAAGGCUUGCCUCCCAGUGGGCCUGCGCCCAGUCACCAGGCCCCACCAGUUUGUAUAAAUGGCAGUGCUGGGGCCAGAGAAGACCACGCCCUGGAUCUCAGCUUUAAAACAGAAGGCUUGGCAGAAGUGCCCAGUCUUCAGAGGUCACCUGGGAAGAUGGAGGCUGUUGAAAGGGAAAGUUCAGAGAGCAAAGGGAAGGAGGCGAGCGAGACUUUGCCUAAGAGACAGGAGAUUGUGCAGGAGGCUAAUGUGCAAAUGGCAGAGUUGGCCGGGAAAAGUGGCUCUGCGGGAAAGAGCAGUUUUCACAGCUCUUCAGCAUUCUUGUACAAAAAAUUCAAAAUCCAAAAGUCGCAUGCAGCUGGGCGAGGUUGUGCAGUGCAACAAGACUCUUCCUCCUUGCAACCGAGCUCCCAUGUGUUUGUUAAGGCCAGUGAUGUCUCUACAUUGCGAGAAGGCUCUGGACAAGCAACGGAUCUGCAAAGCAACCCACCAGUUCAACAAAGCCUCCCGCAAGUGGCGACUCAGCAAAACAUGGCUCCGGUUCAGCAAAGCCUCCCCUAUGCAGCGACUCAGCAAAACACGCCUCCGGUUCAGCAAAGCCUCUCCUAUGCAGCGACUCGGCAAAACACGCCUCCGGUUCAGCAAAGCCUCCCCUAUGCAGCGACUCGGCAAAACACGUCUCCGGUUCAGCAAAGCCUCCCCUAUGCAGCGACUCGGCAAAACACGCCUCCGGUUCAGCAAAGCCUCCCCUAUGCAGCGACUCGGCAAAACACACCUCCAAUUCAGCAAAGCCUCCCACACGCGGCGACUCAGCAAAACACGUCUCCGGUUCAGCAAAGCCUUCAGCAGGCGGUGACUCAGCCCGAAACUCAACUCUUGCCACAGAAUUGCUUUAACGUUAAGCUGCCAGAUGCUUCAAAAGCCCCACCUCCUAGUGCACCUGCUGUGUCUCCUGCCCUGGAAGAGACCGGUGCCUCGCUUUCCACCAGCAGCGAAUUGCCCGAUAAGCAACAUUCCCCCAGGCAGCAUUUCACUGCCUUGCAUACAUCGAUCUGCACCAUCAUUUCCUGCUCCGUGUCUACCUCCGCUCCAGAGCUCCUCAAGGAGUGGCUGGAGAAGACCAAGUCCAAAGGGGAUCGCCAAGGGAAGGCAGUAGGGUCGGCAAAGCACAAGAACGGCUCGAAGUUUUCUGAAGCUCCGAUGCCUUCCAAGGGCAAGGAGAUCUGGCUGGCUUUCAAGGACAUGGCGCUGUUCCUUAACAAACUGCUGUCUCAGCUGGAGGCCAUCCUGUUUACUCGCAGGUGCCCCUUUCCUCACGUGAUCCGAGCGGGCACCAUCUUCAUCCCCAUUCACGUGGUGAAGGAGACCCUCUUCCCCAACCUGUCCAGCUCCUCUGUUGACCACGUGCUGCAGGACCACAGGGUGGAGCUACGUCCCACAACCUUAUCUGAGGAGAGGCUGCUGAGGGACCUGGAGCUAAAGAGCUGCACCUCCCGGAUGCUGAAACUGCUGGCCUUGAAACAGCUGCCCGAUAUCUACCCAGACCUUCUGAACCUCCACUGGCACGACUGCGUCAAGCAACAGCUUGGUAAGUGCAGCUAACGGUGGCAUGCAACCUGCUUUUCAGCAAGGAGCUCUCUCCCCGCUCUACCCUGAAGCAAAAUGAUAUCUCUGCUGUACUCUUGGGUUUUGGUGCCUGCGCUCAGCUGCUUCUCGUUUGGCAUGGAUGCUAUUCUUGUGAAGUCUAGGCAUUUGCAUGACUGUGAGUGUGACAUGUAGGAUGGGAGCUCUUGUCUAGUUCAGAAUCUGGUGAGGUGUGGGUGCAAAUAUCUCGGACCAUUCCAGCCUCUUGAUUUGGAUAGGGCAGAAUGGAGCUGGUUUAGGCUGCAGGGAGGUCAGCAGAAGGAAUGGUGAAAUUGUUAGGGGAAAAUCUCUCUCUGUGUGUGCAUAUGCAUACGCACAUCCUUGAGCUGGAAAAAAUAGAAACAGGCCGAGGGAGCCGGCAUUUCUCCACCGACAGCCUUCUGGGCCAUGUGGCCAGCAUGACUAAACCGCUUCUGUUGCAAUGGAACACCAUGACAGAAGCCAGAGCGCAUGGAAACGCUGUUUGCCUUCCCGCCGCAGUGGUAUCUAUUUAUCUACUUGCACUGGCGUGCUUUUGAACUGCUAGGUUGGCAGGAGCUGGGACAGAGCAACAGGAGCUCACCUCGUCACAGGGAUUUGAACUUCCAUCUUUCUGAUUGGCAAGCCCAAGAGGCUCAGUGGAGUUUCACAACCCCAUAGUCACCUUUGACUGACUUAACCAUCCAGGGGUCCUUUACCUUACCUUUACCUAAACAGAAACAUUUCUACCUGUCAGAAUUAUAGAACCAUAGAAUUGUAGAUGGGGUUGGAAAGGGCCCUGAAGCUCAUCUAGUCCAACCCGGGGGAUGCAGGUGGCGCUGUGGUCUAAACCACUGAGCCUCUUGGGCUUGCCGAUUGGAAGGUCAGCAGUUUGAAUCCCCGCGAUGGAGGGAGCUCCUGUUGCUCUGUCCCAGCUCCUGCCAACCUAGCAUUUCGAAAGCAUACCAGUGCAAGUAGAUAAACCUGUACUGCUGUGGCGGGAAGGUCCAGGGGUCCUUUACCUUUACCUUCUUUUUUUUUUUAGUCCAAUCCAUGCAAUGCAAGAAUCUCCACUAAAGCAUCCAUGACAGAUGGCUAUCCAACCUCUGCUUAAAAACCACCUAGGAAAGCCCACCACCUUCCGAGGAAGCCAAUGUGGUGUAGUGGUUAAGAGCUGUGGACUUGUAAUCUGGUGAACUGGGUUUGCUUCCCUGCUCCUCCACAUGCUGCUGCUGGGUGACCUUGGGCCAGUCACACUUCUCUGAAGUCUCUUACCCCCACUCAACUCACAGAGUAUUUGUUGUGGGGGAGGAAGGGAAAGGAGAAUGUUAGCCGCUUUGAGACUCCUUCGGAUAGUGAUAAAGCGGGAUAUCAAAUCCAAACUCUUCUUCUUCUUCCUACAGUCAGAAAGUUAUUGAAUGCAACACUCACUGCACACCAGGAUAUUCCAUCUGCUCCCUAGCCUUGGGGAAGCAGGUGAAAAUCAUGCCCAAGCAGCCUGCAGGGGCAGAAUGGGCUCUGCCACCGUCGGGAUACCUGGUUCUCAUGGAGAGCCCUGGUUGCAGCAUGGACGUGCCUCUCCCACCCCUGUCGGUGGUUUCUGAAUCUGUUUUUCUGCCAUUACACCAAGGGUCCAAAGAGGCUGCCGUGAGCCCGUUGGGCUUUUUUGCCUUUCUGCAAAGUGUUGAAUAAUAUACCCGAGGCUCAUGGUGGAGGUGCCAGGUUCAGUCCCCAGCCAAGGGAUCAAAGAAGCAGCUGAUACGAAAGACGUCUGCCUGAGCCCCUGGAGAGCUGCUGCCAGCCAGAGCAAGCAAUACUGGGCUAAGUGGACAAUCUGACAUUGUAAAAGGCAGCUGUCUAUAUCCACGUGUGUGGGGGGAGGGUAUUAGGGGCUGGUGGCCCUAUUUGUGCUGCUCACCGAUCCUAGCACCCCACAUUACACUUCAUGCGAAUGCUGCAUCCCUUAACAGCUCCUUUGGUCCCCCAUAGCCUCACGGCUCUUCCAAGCCUGUUCCCCCUCCUCAUGACAAAUCCAGGCACUACAACUCCUCACACAGGGGAUGUGAAAUGGCAGCCUAAUGUGUGUACAGUGGAACCUCUGUUUACAAGGUUCCGGAAGACCGCUCAACUUCUGAAACAUUUGAAAACCAAGGAUCAAUGGGUUGGCUGCAAAGUCAACGGGGGGAAAAAUAUGAAAAAUGCGCCUCGGAAGGUGUUCAACUUCCGAGGCACGUUCGAAAAUGGAAGCAAUUACUUCCGGGUUUUCGACGUUCGGCUUCCGAGAUGCUCAGAAACCGAGGUUCCACUGUAUAUAUAUAUAUUUGGAGAGAGAGAGGGCACAGUCUUCUUUUUGCAGAGGGGGUUGUCACCCUUAGGUUAGCUCCAUCCAAACACCCACUGCCAGCCAACUUUAUGACCGACCCUUUCACUAACACACCAGAUGAUUAUGCGUAACUUUAUUUUUUUCCAGGUCCCACUUCACAGGCUGUCCUGCAUACCUCCAAGUAGGUAUCUGUUCUUUGUGUGGGUUUAUGUGGUGUGCAGCUGCUUAUAGUGGUGGAGACCAGCUGGUGCCCCCGGCCUCUGGACCUCCAGGGGUGCUUGGACUCCCAACUCCCAUAAUCCCCGACCAGCAGGUAUGCUGGCUGGAGCUGAUGGGAGUUGCAACCCCCACCAGGAAUGGUGGGGUUUGUAGUUCAGCAACAACUGGAGGGCCAAAUGUUCCCCCCUGCAUUUUCCCUAAGUAGUAGAGCCCAUGCUUUGCUUGCAGAAGGACCCUGGCUUUGACCCCUAGCACUGGGAUGGGGAAAUUGGGUGCACUCUUAAUGUUGCUGGACUCCAGCUCCCAUUAGUCCCAGGCAGCAUGACCCAAUAGGCAGGGGUAGUGGGAAGUUUUAGCUUCAAAGGUAGUGAGUGCUGAAAAAUACACACACACACCCCAGUCCUAACACUGUAGUGAUUCAUCACUGAUCAGAGUUAAAUGGACUAGUGGCUGGGUUCAAGGCAUCUUGGUUCAAGGUGUCAGAGAGAGAGAGAGAGAGAGAGAGAGAGAGAGAAGGGGUUGGUGGAAGAAGUCAGAAAAGCAGAUUCCUGCCUGCCUUUGGCCCCACCCUCUGCCACCCAGCUGCCCCUGGCAGAUUACUCUCAAGGCAAUGCAGCCCUUAAGAGAAAGACGUGCCCCACCGUCUGCCCUGGAAUGAUGCUACUCUGGCGCUUUGUGAAAUUUUGAAUGGUAGUGCAUAGCCAACCUUGUUGUGGGGGUGUCUCUGAGCAGGCUGUGGUGGGCCCUGUCCCAAGGGGCUGGGGCUGCGGCAGCUGUCCCAAGGUGCCAGAUGACGAUGCCAGCCUUGCUUGAAAACAUACUUUGAACCUCGCUGUUCCUGUGUGAAUUGCCUGGAGCAGAGAUGGUCGGCUUGCAGCCACCUCGGCAUGUGUGCGCCAGUCGCCUCGUCGCUCAGCAGGCGAAGGGUGCUGAAGAAAUCAAUUGGAAAAUGCAAGUGGUGAUAAGCUGUCCUAAAGCAUUAUAUAUCAGGGACUGGGCAGAGGAGGAAUGGUGGAGAUCACCUCCCAAGCCUGUCCCUUCCAGAGAAGAAGAAGACAGUUCAGAAUUACAACAGGCGUUUGAGCAAGAACACAGCUCAGAGGCAGAUGAGGGGGCAAGCUGGGAAAUAGUGGGAGAGGAGGAGGAGGAAGAAGAAGCACCAAGCGGGGGGAUGACAGCUGGCGCACGCAGUCCUUUUGGAAAGCAUUCCUACCCCCCGAACCUGGCAAGCAUUGAAAGUAGGAGAGCAAAGAGCUCAAAGGCAGAGGGCCCUUUUCAGCACCUGUAGCGAUGAUGCAUGAGUAAGUGGGAGAGACGGAAGGGUGGAGACUCACUCGGGACAACGCCAUUAUUCCUGGAGGCAGCAUUCCUAAGCCUCUCUCUGUGAAUUUUGAAUAAAAAGCAGAUGGUAAGAACUUUUGCUUGUCUUAUUCUUUCCUGGCAAUCUGCUGUGGGGGUUGGUUCCUCUGCCACCUGACAUGAGCACUGCAAGUGUGGGCAUCAAUGGGUGCCACCUCUGUGAUGGAGAUUUCAAAAGGUUGCAGUGAUGCUGUUAUCCUGGAGUCUGCACUCUUGCUUACGAACGUGGAUGGGGAAUUAGUGGCCAUCCCAGGUAUUUGCUGGGCCACAACUCUUAUCAAACCCUGACCAUUGGCCAAGCUGGCUAGAGCUGUUGAGAGUGUGGAGUUCAGCAACAUCUGGAGAGCUCCAGGUUCCCCAGCUGUGUGCUCAAGAACAAGAUUCACCUGACCCCCAGUUUCUUUGCAAGGAAACCAGUAUUCCAUUGCAAAUUGUCCAGUGGACUCCAGUUGACCUUCUUCCCUCUCCAUGGCUUAAGAGGAUCUUUGCAGGAGCUAGAUCAGGUGUACAGUCCCACCUAGGGUCAUGGGGGGCACUGUGGUCUAAACCACUGAGCCUCUUGGGCUUCCCGAUUAGAAGGUCAGUGGUUCGAAUCUCUGUGACGGGGUGAGCUCCCAUUGUUCUGUCCCAGCUCCUGCCAACCUAGCAGUUCGAAAGCAUGCCAGUGCAAGUAGAUAAAUAGGUACCGCUGCAGCAGGAAGGUAAACGGCGUUUCCAUGCGCUCUGGCUUCUGUCACGGUGUUCCAUUGGGCCAGAAGUGGUUUAGUCAUGCUGGCCACAUGUCCCGGAAAGCUGUCUGUGGACAAACUCUGUCUCCCUCGGCCUGAAAGCGAGAUGAGCACCGCAAUCCCAUAGCCACCUUUGACUGGACUUAACCAUCCAGGGGUCUUUUACCUUUUUAUCUACAGUCCCACCUACUGGGGGAGUCCAGGUGAGAGUCUGUUGCAUCUUCUGAGUGAAGGCUGUGUAUUUUCUGAUCAGGUUAUAGGACUGCGAUGGAUGGUUGUCUGUUGAGGGCGCAGGCACUAAUUUGGCUGAACGUUUAUUAUUAAUUUUCUGUUUCCACAGGUGAUCUUGCAGAGGAGAGCCCAAAGAUGGACACUGAAGCUUUAUCACCAGACGUCUUGAAGUCAACAGAUGCAACCAGAUGUUUACAGGGUAUGACAGCCCAGUCUCUCACCCAACACUUCGCAAGGAAGCAUAAGCAAGGCAAAAAAUAUAGAUUGGCUUCUUGUUUGCCCUCCAAGACCUGCCAUCAAAUAGAUGAUGAUAUGUCUCAGGGACCCUCCUCACCUUCUAUCCAAAGGGACGCUGCAUUAAAGGGAGCAAAGUUGCAGCCUGAGAAAGACUCUGCCUCUGUGGCCUUGAAGACCAAAGGACUGCCGCUUCACCCUAAAACUGCAGAGCAGCUUUUGCCAGCCCUUAAACUCCCCGGGGCUCUUAAGGUGAAGCUGGCCAAAUCAGAUGACAGGAAAACAGGCAGUACCUCAGAGGGUCUCCAUCACUGUAAGAAAUCUAUGGUCCACAUCAAAUUCCAGAACGCCCUUCGAGAUAUCCAGGGGCCACCAGCCCCAAAAGCUGCCCGCAAGAAGAGGAGAAAGCAGCCUUCAGUGCUCCUGAAGAGGUUCAGGCACCGGGCGCCGGGUGGUACGAAGGCCUACGCUUUGCCCCCUCAGUAUCCGGACCUUGUUGGCAAGCGGAUCAGGCACUUGUACGAGGAGAAGGACAAGACAGAAGCGUGGUACCCAGGAUUGGUGCUGCGGAUUCACAAAUACCACAGGAACCCUCUGAAGACAGUUUUCGCGGUGCAAUAUGACAGUGAGCCUGAUUGGCAAUAUUACCUCGAGAUUUUGCAGGACUAUAAGAAAGGCUGGUUGGAGGUGGAUGAGUGAGUGAGUGAGUGAGUGAGUGUGUGUGUGUGUUUGGUGUGGGUGGGGAGAGUGAGAUAAUGUCCAAUUGGGUCAUCCUGCUGGCAGAUUGGAACCCCAUUAGCAAGGUGCCUGAAAGCAUAGCUAUGUUCCAUGGUCCUGGGCAUCUCCCAGGCCUAAUCUCCAUGCAUUUUGAAGAGGCUGAUGAGGACUCUCUCCAGAUGUUCCUCUGGUGGCGUGGAGCCCGCCAAAUGCCACAGGGCUCCACAUGUCUUCAGGAAACCUUGGCAUGUUGCGGUAGUUUGUGGUGGCAGCCAUGUCAAAGGAGGAACAUGGGAACAGGACCUAGAGUUCACAAGAUGGCUUCUGUGCUCUUCCUCCCAGCACCAAAGCACACUGCGCUUGCUGCUGAAUGAGGCAGCUGGCUACUGGUCUUUUAAAACUCCUCCGUUCAGGGUUGAGGUCCAGGUUUGAGGAUGCCCUUGGUCUGUUUCCCACUGGUGGGCCUCCUCUUGUGUUGGUGGGCACCGGCAAGUAUAGCUGGCCGCUGUGACAGACAGCUGUCACCCUUUAAAUUUCCCACAGUGCUCCAAAGUGACAGCAGGUCAGGGGCAUUGUGGGAAAGGAAAAGCUGCCUGGCACUGCUCAGAGGGCCAGUGAGAAAAAAGGAGGGGUGGAUCCCUGGAUCCCUUGCAAACCACGAGACUUCCAUAUAUUCUGAGAUGAUCCAGACACAAUUCUUAAGCAAUUGCCAGUUUGGGUGCUGGAGAGAAAAGAUUUUGCUUGGCAGUUUGUAGUUCAUUCUCCUUCCUGCUGCCUCCACACCCAUGACAAAAAGAGAGAAUCCAGCAUUACUGGUCCAGGGACAUCAGAGGGCAAUGAACUUCAUCUGUGACCACUGGCCCUAUUUGCUCACCCUGGUGAACAAUAGCUAAUAGUUCAUUGUGAACACAUUGAUUUUAGCUGCUCUGCUACCCCUUGCCGUUGCAAGGAGAGAAACAAACCAUGAUCCCUGGCUCAGUAUUCUUGCCAACUAAGUCAGAGUAGAUCCAUUGAAAUAAAUGGACUUAAGUCCAUUAAUUUCAGCGGGUUGGCUUUGAAUUGGACUAGCACUGGAUCCAAGCCCAUGUCCACGUCAAGAACCAUGGUUUGUUUUGUUCAAAAACCAACCAACCAUGGUUAGCACCUGAGGUUUGUUCAUGGCUUACCUCUUGGGGGUUUGCUUGAGUGUAAAAAAGGCCGCUAUUCCAUAGUUCAAGACAUAAUGCUAUGCCCAGAAUCAUCAGUUUGUUUCUCCCAAUGGGGUGGAAGAAAGCAGCCCAGAUCAUCACGUUCGCAGUAAAAGCCAUUCACCUUGGUUUGCCACAAAGUGUGGAUUGGGCCUGCAGUUCGGUUGAUUUGCUUGUUGAAGCAGCAGGCAAGACUGGUGGGUGGGUGGGUGGAAGAGAGGAACGGAUCCUUUCAGCAUGGAGGCAGGAGCUGUUGCUGUACUAGCAGCUGCUGCUUCUUCCUGCUUUCUUGAGGCCUCCAAAAAGAGAUGAGCAGCACCUUUCGGGAGUCCUGCCUCUCCCACUGGCAUUGCAGAAAGGGCUGCAUUUCAUGGGUUUCCUUUUCCUGUAGAUGAAUUUCACUCAUGGGAGAUGCCAUGCAACCUACCCGACUGGGGUUCUUUUUCUUUUUUUGAUGCCUUUCUUGCCAAAUUCACUUGCUCAAACCAUGCAGGUGAGGUGGAAGCACAGUUUUCUGAGUUACUGAAUACGCCUUCCAUACAACAAUACGUAAGGAUGCAAAGUAUCACUGCACAUAGAAAGCUAGCAAUCCAUGGUUCUAUUUCCCCCUGAUGAGCUACUUUUCUAAGUGCAGCAGGUUUUCCUUUAUGUUUUUGAGGCUGGAGAUUUGUGAAGCAUUCAGUCUUGGUGGCCUCCACCCGUCACCAUCAGAAGAGAAUCAGCCUGGAAAUAACUUUACCAUUUCACCUGCUUUCUGUUGAUAACAAUGACCCAUCCUUAAUUCUAAUGGGGACCAUUUGAUACAUUUCUUUUUUUAAAAAAAACAACCAGUUUCCUUCCUGUGUGUGUAUUUAAAAAAAGAGAAGACAGGUUUGAAAAGUCCUGAUUUCUCCAUAACGUCAGUGGACACAUGGCGCCUGUACUUAAAUGUUUGGUUUUUUUGUGGCUUAAACUAUCACAUUUUAGAAAUGUGACAGCUUGGCCUUUAUAAGGAGUUGCUGCUGCCUUCAGAUCUAUGUUUUUUUUUAUUAAAGGCUUCAAAUUUGGUACUUUAUUUUUGUGCAAGUUUUCAAAGCAGUUCUUGGUACUGUUUGUGGACUUAAGAUCAUUUUUUUUUUAAGAAGCUCUUGUGUAUAUUAAAGGGAAUCGGAAAGGAAAGUAUGAAUGACAGAUUAGCUCUGUCAUGUGCGAAUCGUCCAAGACACCUGAAGAUGUGUUUGUGCUGGUGGCAAAAUUACUGUUCUGAAAAAGAGACGUGAGGCAGUAAUGGAAGAUAGUUUUAAGGCAGGACUGUGGUGCUGCCCAGAUGUUCUUGGGCUGCAAUUCCUAUCCGUUCCUGACCAUUGGCCAUUCUAUGAGAGUUGGGUGUCUAACAGCAGUUGGCCCUCCCUGCCACACAUUGAAACUUUCAGCGGACUGGAAGGCUUUGGAUAUGACAAAGUCCCUUUCCAGCCAGCUCCGGACAGAAUUCAGAGACUAGAUGUGUGUACAGAACACAGCACCGCAAGCUGGGUCACAGAGGAAGUGAUUUAUCUUAAGCAAAUCUUAGGCGAGGGAUGCAUUGCGACGCCCCUUGUGCUCAUGUGAUAGUAUCUAGAGGCAGCACCGCUUGCCAUUUUCUCCUUGUUAUUUUUGCUGUUAUUUUUGUUGUUAAUAUUAUUAUUUCCGUGGUGCACUGAGUAUGCAGAUCGGUUUGGAAAGGGGAGGGGGAAAGCCUGCUAUUUCCCCAUCUUGCAGUCCUGCCAGACAAUUUAAAAAGGGGUCUUUUCUCCACUUCAUUUAAGUACUGUGCAACCAUUUGGAAACAAGUGUUUGAUACUGUAUAUUUUGUACAGAGUUCCAAUGAGAGCACCUUGGCCUUUUUAUUUAAAUAAAAAAAGUUUUGUAAGGAUACAAUUUCUAAGAGGUGCUUCACCAAGAUUAAAAUGUCUGUUUUGGAACUGGUGUGUUGCUGUCUUCUCUUUGUGUGUUCAUUCAUCAUUCUGUUUAAUAGCAGACCUGGGAGACCUGUCAUUUUUGGAAGUGCAAUGGAACCACCCGAAAAUACAGCAGUGCUUUCAAUGCACAUCAGUGACUCUCUAGUCUAGUGCAAGUCUACACAUAUUUUUUUUUAAUCCCCCAAAAGGCCUGUCAAGAACUUGAAUGCUUCCAGGACAAAUAGAACAUUGGAGAGUCCAUUGGCUGGUGCCAAACUGGGUCUUUGACCUGGGUGAAAUAAAGCCCUAUAGUUUCUCAAUUUCUAGGAUUUAGGGGGUGGGUCCCCCAAAACAUAUAACAUUAUGAAUAAAAAGAACACAACUGGUCCGUCUAGAACAGGCUUCCCCAAACUUGGGUCUCCAGCUAGACUACAAUUCCCAUCAUCCCUGACCACUGGUCCUGCUAGCUAGGGAUAAUGGGAAUUGUAGUCCAGCUGUUUUGUUGGAGACCCAAGUUUGGGAAACCCUGCUCUAGAAAUCCAUGGAAAACUGGCAGGUAAGGCAGGGGAAGGAGAGCUUUUUCAGCCCAAAGACUGAACCCCCUUGCAGAAACACUUAUAAAUGUGUGCGUUGGGGAGGGGGCAAGAAACAAUAGUGGGUGGAGGAAGUUGGCCUGGGAGACCUGGGUUCAUAUCCCCACUGAGCCAUGAAGCUCACUACUUGACCUAAAAUGCGAACUAUGUACAGCACCUUGAGCUCCUUUGGAGGAAAGGAGGGAUAGAAAUGCAACAAACAAACAAACAAAACACUGCUUUUUACUCUGUUUUACUGUUACUUAUGUGGGACGCAGGUGGCGCUGUGGGUUAAACCACAGAGCCUAGGACUUGCCGAUCAGAAGGUUGGCGGUUCGAAUCCCCGCGAUGGGGUGAGCUCCCGUUGCUCGGUCUCUGCUCCUGCCAACCUAGCAGUUCGAAAGCACGUCAAAGUGCAAGUAGAUAAAUAGGUACUGCUCUGGCGGGAAGGUAAGCUGUGUUUCCGUGCGCUGCUCUGGUUCGCCAGAAGCGGCUUAGUCAUGCUGGCCACAUGAUCCGGAAGCUGUACGCCGGCUCCCUCGGCCAGUAAAGCGAGAUGAGCGCCACAACCCCAGAGCCGGUCACGACUGGACCUAAUGGUCAGGGGUCCCUUUACCUUUACUGUUACUUAUAUACAUAACCAACCUGUUAAAAACAAAACCAGUAUGCUAAAAGAAAAGUUUUUCAACACUAUACCCUUCCUGCAGGACAGAAACAAAACGUUUGCAGAAAACAAGUCUCGCAUGAGGAACGGGCAAUGCAAUAAAAUGAUAGCACCAUUCACAUUUGAUGUAUAUAACAGCCAGGGGAAGGAUCCCAUUGGCAGGUCUUGGCACCUCUGGAAACACAUUCCUAAAGGGAAGGCGGACCCAUGUUUAAAAUGGACUUUGGUCUUUUUUUUUAGCUUUGUUUGGUUGGGGAUUUCCCCCUCUUUGUUGUCUUGGCAGAUUGGGGAUAAGGUAGCUUCCAGUGUCACUAAGAGAAUACAUUUGCAAAGAGUUUGCAGAGUCACACCAGUUAUAAAAUCCACCUUCAUUAGGGCAACCAAAACAGUGACAACGUAAGUGUGUACACAUUCAGAUUUUCUUCUCUUUUUAAAUUUUUUAUUUAGUUUUUCAGAUUUUAGAAAUUUACAAACCAUUAUCCAAUAACCAACAUAAAAAGAGAAUUUCAAAGACUCUCCUGAACUUCCCUCCUCCCCUUUGUGGGUCCCUAUAUUAACCUUUUCCUCCUGCAUCUUGUCUAUUAAUCCAAAUCUACACACUGUAUAAUGACCAAAACUCAACAUUAAACUACAAGUGUUAUUCCAAUUCCAGUCCUACUACUACUAAUUUUAAUUGUUUACAAUGGUUUUUAAAGGUGUUAUAUACUUUCCCCAUUCCAUAUUAACAUUUUGGUCUUCCCGAUUUCUGAUUCUUCUGGUCAUUUUUGCCAUUUCCGCAAAGUCCAUCAACUUAAUUUGCCAUUCUUCUAUGGUAGGGACUCUCUCUUCUUUCCAUUUCUGGGCUAUUAACAUCCGGGCACCUUCAUGGUAAAAGUUUGGGGAUAUGGGUGGCAAACAAUACAAAGGGUUGGGCGAGGGGUGGUGGUGGUGGGAUGGCUGAUAUUGGAGCCAUAGAGCAGGGGUCAGCAACCUUUUUCAGCAGGGGACCGGUCCACUGUCCCUCAGACCUUGUGGGGGGCUGGACUGUAUUUUCUUUGGGGGGAAAGAACGAAUUCCUAUGCCCCACAAAUAACCCAGAGAUGCAUUCUAAAUAAAAGAACACCUUCUACUCAUGUAAAAACACUCUGAUACCUGAACCGUCCAAGGGCCAGAAUGAGAAGGUGAUCUGGCCCCCAGGCCUUAAUUUGCCUACCCAUGCCAUAGAGGGAAUUUGCAUUCAGACACAGUCUUAAGGUGGAAUGCAGUGUGUGUGUGUGUGUGCGUGCAAGCAAGCAAAACACCUCACAGAGCUUCAUUAAACUUGACAUUGUCCGCCACUCCAUUUUUGUUGUCUGUCUUGUCCAAAGAAGCAUUCAGUAAAACUAAAAAGCUUGCACAUUUUAUUUUGUAACAGCUUGGUUUGGAAUUCGGAAUUUUUCUACAUGGGCUGACACAGCUACAGUUGCUUUUGGGUGACAAAAACCAGAAGCAACCAUACUGGUCUGGGGGCAAAACACACUCUAUAAUAAAAUUUACAAACAGGGUCUCUUCCAUACCUAGUGUGAGAGCCAGUGUGGUGUAGCACUUAGUGUGUUGGAUCGGGAACCCGGGAGACCAGGGUUCAAAUCCCCCACUCAGCCGUGAAACUCACUAGGUGACCUUGGCCCAGUCACGUCUUUCAGUCUAACCCACCUCGCAUGGUUGCUGUGAAGAUAAAAUGAAGAGGAAGAGAACCAUGUUUGCCACCUUCGGUCCCUUGAAGGAAAGGUGGGAUAUAAAUGCAACAAAAAUAGAUACAAAUUAUUAAGCAACAUAUUAUAAAUACAAAACAAUGCAAGAUACAAUGACAAUGUGAUCGACAUUCAACUUUACAACUUUGUAACAGGCUCCUUAACUUGCUAUAACAAGUAUGUCAUUUACUGCUCUGGAAUAGCUUAAAGGUAAAGGGACCCCUGACCAUUAAGUCCAGUCAUGACCGACUCUGGGCUUGUGACACUCAUUUCACUUUAUUGGCCGAGGGAGCCGGCGUACAGCUUCUGGGUCAUGUGGCCAGCAUGACUAAGCCGCUUCUGGCGAACCAGAGCAGCGCAUGGAAACGCCGUUUACCUUCCCGCCAGAGCGGUACCUAUUUAUCUACUUGCACUUUGACAUGCUUUCGAACUGCUAGGUUGGCAGGAGCAGGGACCGAGCAACGGGAGCUCACCCCUUCGCAGGGAUUCAAACCGCCGAUCUUCUGAUCGGCAAGCCCUAGGCUCUGUGGUUUAACCCACAGCGCCACCCGCUUAGUUGGUGGGGAAAAGAUUCUUGCAUUGCGGGGGGGUUGGACUAGAAUCCUAGUGGUCGCUUUCAACACUAUGAUUCUGUUUACCCAGCUUUUGGUAAACGUGUAAAAUGAUUAUAACAUUCCAACACAGAUUUUUUUUGUGGGGGGCAUUCUGACUUUUUCUCCGAAACUUUAGUUUUUGAUUAAAAAACAUACUCAAUACCAGAAUUAUAUUUUUUUUUUGGAAUGUGUUCAAGACUAGGAUUUUUAAAAAUGUGGCAAACUGCUUAGAUAUUGUUGCUAAAAGUGGCCCGCAAACUGUUGUUAUCAAGUAAAAUAUUCAUUUGUGAAAGAAGUUAUUUUACUUAUUAAAAAAUCCGUGUAUACUACUCACUGACAGAAAAUAUCAAGAUGGUGUACAUCAGCAUAUACAUAUAAAAUGAGAUAAACAUAUUUUUCUCCAGUGCAACCUUCCCUUUCUUUUGGAUUUAACACCCCGGAAUGUCUGGCAAGGAAGAAAGCUAGCUUGACUUGGUAAAAUAUGCUGAAAGACACGAUGUUAUUGUUGCAUCCAAAUAGCUGACAGCCUUUUUCUCUUUGUCUUGCAGUUUCCCCCAUAAAAGACCUGUAGCAAUGACUUUCCUUAAGGCUAUGGACUCUGGAAUCCCUCCUUGAGGCUGCUCUUUUAACAGGAGUGCCAUUUGCAGCAAUUGGCAGGUGAUCUGCAUUUUUUAUUCGGCUCCAUAUUUCACCUCUAAACAUCACAUUUUACUUAAAGGCACAGGAGCCAUAUCCUACAGGAACCCACAGGUCUCCCAACCAGGUUUGCUCAAUAGAAGUCCUAAGAGGAAAUGUGUGGCAAAGUCUACUCCAAACAUCUGAAGGGCACUGGGUCAGAAAAGUCUGUGGUUAGCAAGUUAGAUCUGGUAGAUCCUCACUCGACUAUGAAGCUCAUUGGCUGACAUUGGGCUAGUUAUUCUCUCUCAGAGUAACCGACCACAUAGGGUUGUUGUGGGGGGAAUGAAAUUAAAGCCCUUGGUGCAAGAGCAAGAUAAAAUUGCAAUUAAUACCAAUAAUCCAUCUCCUUGGCUGAUUUAAUUAUUUGUGAAAGUACUCUGCAAUAGGCAUCGAGGAAGCCCACAGAGAAGUCAGUGCUUGCUCCUGCUGCUUAAAAACACAGCAGCAAGAGCAAGCAGGUUUUUAAAAAACCCAGAAGCAUUUUUACUUGGUAUUAUAGGUCAGGACAUUAAUAGGCGAGAUGUUAAAUUAUUUUUAUAUGCAAUAACUGCGGCAAGAGUAUUGUUAGCCCAGAAAUGGAAACAAGAAGAAAUUCCGACAAAAGAAGAAUGGCAGGCGAAAUUAAUGGACUAUGCAGAAUUGGACAAAAUGACAGGAAGGAUUCAAAACCUGCAGGACCAGAGAUUUACAGAAGAUUGGAAGAAGUAUAUGAAUUAUUUGAAGAGCAACUGUAAUCAGCAAAUUACACUAGAAGGACUACAAGAAGUUUUGUAAGGAGAAAUAUACGAAGUGUUACAAAGUAGAAAAAGAUAGAGAUAUUGGUUAUGAGUUUGAAAUGUAAUAGGGAAGAUAAGAAAUGCAUACUGAGAGAUUAGAUUGGAAAAUUUUCAGACAGGAUUGAUGGAAGUCAAAAAUUUGAAUAAGAUGUAAAAGUAUGUUUAAUUACUGUUGAAAAUGACAUGUUAAAAAAACUAAUAAAAAUUAUAUUAAAAAAACCAGCAAAAAACACAGCAGCACAAAAGUUGGCAACACUGUACUGUUUUUACUUUUACACAUAUGUUCUGUUACAGUGUCGCUGUUGUGAUGGUUUUGCAACCCGCAUGUUGCUUUUCAGUACCAAAGUUUCAAGGCGGUUUACAGCAGCUUUUUUUGGAAGACUGGAGCACACCAAAACGUGCCUGGCUCCUCUUCCUCCUCAUGAGUAAAACCUGCUCAGACAGCCGGGGAGGCGUCAACACCAGAAAGAAAAAAAAAAAGACGACCCGCCGGGUGGCCGCGAUUGUUUUGCAAAACCUCUGUUGAGAUGGGGCCACCUUUGGCUUGGAGGCGAUUAUCUCCUGCAAAAAGGUGUUAAUUGGGCUUGCAACCUGAAGCAGGCAUUGGGUUUCUGGGAAAUCUCAGUCUCCGCCCCUCAAGGGGCAAAUGCAAUAACAGGAGGCGCGGAGGAGCAGGCUGGGGUGCAAGUCUUCGUUUCUGUGCUUAGAUUAGUUCCUUGCAGGUAAGAAAACGGCGGCGGUGUUUUCUGUAAAAUGGGUCCAGCGUAGCGAGCAGGCGACCUGAUUUGCUCUAGCCCUGUUUCAAGAACUCUCUCUUCCCAAUCUGCUCCCCCUUCUAAUAAUUAUAAUAAAUGAAGGACGAUGAUGGUCUGCAGUUUAAUGCUGUGCUGUCGUUGGAGCAGUAUUGAACUGGGCUGAAUUGCCCGUAUCUUUUUAACGGGGGUGGGGUGGGGUGGGUGGUGGUAGAGGAAUAUUCUAAGUCAGUGAACAAGCUGGCAAAUGCAAACUCCUAGGUUUGAUCUUUUUGCAGUCCAUGGGACUCUCAAGAGUCUCCUCCAGCACCAUACUUUGUCCAUGGAGUUUUCUUGGCAGGGAUACUGGAGUGGCUUGCUGAUUCCUGCUCCAGGUGGAUAAUGUUUGGUCAAAACUCUCCACUAUGACCUGUCCAUCUUGGGUGGCCCUGCAGGGCAUAGCUCAUAGCUUCUCUGAGUUAUUCAAGCCCCUUUGCCACGGCAAGGCAGUGAUCCAUGAAGAGAAGACUGGAGCACACCAAAACAUACCUGGCUCCUCCUCCAUUAAAGUUUAGGGCUCUGCACUUGCCUUGCAAUUGUUGUAGAAAAAUUUGGGGUUGGCUUUUGCAGGGCAGGCCUUUGUUCUUUUCUCUCCUGUCGAAAAAAAAGGGGGGGGGGACGGAACUCUGUUGCAACAGGAAAAUAAAGAUCUUCCUGGCUUUCCUUCUGCUGGUUCCUGCCUCCAUCUAUUCUUUAACCCAUCACAGACUUAGGGGACUCCGAGUCCCUUGGGGAGUUGGGCAGCAAAAGCCAACCUCAGUUGUUUCUAUAACAAUUCCUAGGGACAAUGAAUGCCAAGCUUCGAAAGCCUUAAUGGGUCUCCCGCUCCCCAUCUCUUCACCUUCUUCCUUCUAGCCAACAUUUGUUUGCUAUUGGUUGGUUUGUGAGCCACAAUGUUCUAACUUGGAGGCGAUAUCUAAAUCCAUUUGGACUACAACUGCCAUCAGCUUCUGUUGCCAGGAUUAGUGGUCGGGGAUGAUGGGGUUUGCAGGAGGGCACCAUGUUGGCCACCCCUGGGCCUGAGAUAUGUUGGGCUCCCGGCAUCCUUGACCAUUGUUCUUGCUGAUGGCAGGAUCUGGUAACAUCUAGAGGGCAAGGGUUGUGGCUGGCCUGCCACAAGGAGCUUUAAGGCUGCAUGCAGCCUGUGUGUGAAACAGAGAAGGAAGCCAGCUAGCCAGAAUUGAUGGGGAAUUCGAAUGAGGGCAACACACACACACACACACACACACACACACACACACACAUGCGAGUGUGAAGGCAAUUCCUCACAUAAGCAAAAUGGGGGACCAGGUCCUCUUUGGUUCUUGAGCCUGAUAUUUGCACAGACUUUGUACUAUCCCGUAAAUUGGUGCAUGGACUGUACCAGCUUAAGUCUGUAUUUGCAUGAUUUGGUGUGCUUGUAUGCAGGGCUGGAUUAACCAGUAAGUGAAAUAAACACAUGGUUAGGGCAUCAAGGGAAGGGGGGCACUCCAGAAAUUUUCCAUUGCCAGAUUUACCACUAGUCCUGUUAGCUAGGGAUCAUGGGAGCUGUAGUCUCAAAACAUCUGUAGGGCUGAGUUUGCCUAUUCCUGAUUAAGGGCCUCUAAAGGUCUUCAUCCAGCCCUGCCUGUAUGCCCUAAAUAAAUUCUGCCAGGGGUGAGCCCUAAUCUAGCCUUUUGCCUUCCUAUGUGUAGGGAGUCUUCUCUCCCCCCCCACCACCCCAAUUUUGUCAGUCUGCAGGGUGCUUCCAAGGCAGCAAAGGCAGAGCCACAUCAAAUAGUGCUUUAGUAUUUGUAUUGCACUUAUUCAAGUUUCUGAAAGUGCCACACAAGCUUUGUUCUGGCUGCCAUCCUGCCAACAACUUUAAUGAUUAUCCUUCUCCUGACUCCAUAUUGUAGAUGGAGGGAUCUCAGGCUGAGAGCAGCUUUCUUCAAAGAGCUCCUGGUGGACAGCAGAUUUGAGCCAGGGAAUUCUGAUUCUUAGGUCAGGCGUUUUAUUCAUUAAAAAAACAAAAUUUAAUUUUCCAAAAUUUGACAUUUACAAUAGUCAAACAACCAAAACAAAAAGAGAAUUCAAUAAAUUCCUAUGGACUUCCCGCCUCCCUUUUGUGGAUUCUUAUGUUAACCCCCCCCCAUUUUCUCUAUUAAUCCAAUUCUAUUAAAUCUCUAUUAUAACCAUAGCACAACGUUCAACUCAAAGUAUCAUUCCAAUACUACUGAUAAUUUCAAUUGUUUACCAUGAUUUUUAAGAUAAAUUAUGUAUUUUCCCCAUUCCUUAUUAAAAUUUUGGUCUUUCUGAUUCCUAAUUCUUCCAGUCAUUUUUGUUAUUUGGCAUAGUCCAUCAAUUUAAUCUCCCAUUCUUCUCUGGUAGGGGCUCUGUUUAGCCUGGGCAGCUGCGGGCACAUACGUCUCUUCUGGUUCCUUGGUAUUUUGGUACCUAGAAUUCUUAGAAGAAAAGCUUCAGAUUUUUUUUUUUUUAAAGAAAAAGUUAUUUUAAACAUUUUUUUCCAGUUCAUCAUUAUCAUCUCCCAAAAUUCUUUUACUACCUUACAAGUCCACCACUUGUGGUAAAAGGUGCCUUUUUUUCUUCUUACAUUCCCAGCAUGUAUUUGACCUUGCUUUAUACAUUUUAGCUAAUUUGCUAGGGGUUAAAUAUGAGCGAUACAUCAUUCUUAUAUAAUUUUCUUUCAGAGUAUAACAUACAGUGAUACCUCGGGUUAAGUACUUAAUUUGUUCCGGAGGUCUGUUCUUAACCUGAAACUGUUCUUAACCUGAAGCAUCACUUUAGCUAAUGGGGACUCCUGCUGCCGCCGCACCGCCGGAGCAUGAUUUCUGUUCUCAUCCUGAAGCAAAGUUCUUAACCUGGGGUACUAUUUCUGGGUUAGCAGAGUCUGUAACCUGAAGCGUAUGUAACCUGAAGUGUAUGUAACCCGAGGUACCACUGUACUGUAAACUUUAAAUUCCAGUUCCAUAACUUCUCCCAUGCUGCAAGUUGUAUAUUAUGUCCAAAGUCCCUUGCCCAGUGUAUCAUAACUGAUUUGACCUGUUCGACUUUCGCAUGCCAUUCUAAUACUAAUUUAUACAUUUUAGAAAGCAAUUUAGUCCUAUUCUCUAACCGCUCUUUUUCAAAUUUAGAGGUUUCAUUAGAAAAGCCUUUAUUUUUGUCCAUCUUAAAGAUAUCAUUAAGCUGAUGGUAUUGUAACCGAUAAGUUAAUAGUCCUCUUAUAUCUUCAAACCUCUUUAAUUUUAAUUCAUGUUCUACUUCCAUUAAUAAUUCUUUAUCAGUUGCCCAGUCAGUUCUCUCUCUCUUUUAAGGGAGAUAUCACCUCCAGUGGGGAAAGCCACCAUGUUUUAAUAAGGUUAGGUGUUUUAAACAGUGCAUCAUGUCAGCUUUUCAUUAGGUAGCUAACUAGAAAUGGCUGGCAUCCAUUUGCCUCAUCUUCAAAUAGUGUGAUUAAUAAAGCAUGAUUUGGUGCCAAUGCCAUUAGCGCAUGUAGAAUGGAGGUAGUCUGAUGGGGAACUAUGGUCUUGCAGAGAGUUAAUCCCUCUCAUUGAGGGAUGUUUAGAGCAGGGGUCAGCAAACCUUUUCCGCAGGGGGCCGGUCCACUGUCCCUCAGACCUUAUGGAGGGCCAGACUACCUACCUACCUACCUACCUACCUACCUACCUACCUACCUAUCAUCUAUCUAUCUAUCGUGGUACCUCGGGUUAAGUACUUAAUUCGUUCCGGAGGUACAUUCUUAUCCUGAAACUGUUCUUAACCUGAAGACCACUUUAGCUAAUGGGGCUUCCUGCUUCUGCCGCACCACUAGAGCACAAUUUCUGUUCUCAUCCUGAAGCAAAGUUCUUAACCUGAAGCAUUAUUUCUGGGUUAGCGGAGUCUGUAACCUGAAGCGUAUGUAACCUGAAGCGUAUGUAACCUGAGGUACCACUGUAUCUCUCUAUCUCUCUAUCUAUCUAUCCGAAUUCCUAUGCACACUGUGAGAGGGGCAAGUAGUCCUCCUCCCCACCCCUGCCCCGGCCCUCUUCUCGGUUUCCUGCCAGCCUCAUUCGCCGAAGGGCUGGUGGCAGUGGCACGAAACGGGCUUCCUCCCCGCCUAGAGGAAGAAAGUGCGGUGCUUACCUUCCCAGGGGCUGCUGCCGCCACCACUGCUGCUGCUGCUUCUUCUCAUGAAGCGGGUAGACAAAGUGAGCUUGUCUGCUCUGCUUUGUGGCCCACAGGAGCACCAGGGUGGCGAUGGCGAUGGGAGGAAGAGGCCGAGUGGCGGUGGCUCUGCCAGUCAAACGCCAUGCCUGGUUUACCUCAGCUCAGCACGGGGAUGUCUCUGCCAAUCAAAUGCCGCUGAGGUAAACCAGGCACGGCGUUUGAUUGGCAGAGCCUCCGCCGCUUGGCCUCUUCUUCCAGUUGCCAUCGCCGGGAGUCUCGGCUUCCCGAUGGGUUCUAGCUUUGUGGUGCGGGCCAGAUUUAGGACCCAGGUGGGCCUGAUCCUGCCCGGGGACCAUAGUUUGCCGACCCCUGGUUUAGAGUAAAUAGUAGCUGAAGCCCCACCCUACAACUUGAAUGGCUUGCUCAUGGUUGCAUGUGGGCAAGCCCUCAGAAUGCAAGUCUAGAACGGUGUUUCCCAAACUUGGGUCUUCAGCUGUUUUUGGACUACAACUCCCAUCAUCCCUAGCUAGCAGGACCAGUGGUCAGGGAUGAUGGGAAUUGUAGUCCCCAAACAGCUGGAGACCCAAGUUUGGGAAACGGGGGUCUAGAAGAACUUGAGGAGGUAGUUGUAAUAUCUUGUGAUGAGGAAGAACUGUUCCUUGAAGCCUAGUUGUAUCUUAAGCAGUGGGGGAAGCUCAGGACCCAAUCCGUUGGCCUGCAUUGUUGUUUCCAGUCCCCUCGGGCAGCCCCUUCCCCUAAGUACACCUCAGUUGCUUUGAAGAGGUCCUUUGCCUCUGGGUCUUGGUGUGAGCAGCAGGGCAUAAGCUGAGGGGCAGCCUUCCCCUGCCAACCCCAGUGCCCUCGAGAUCGUUUGGAUGACAACCAAUGGCAGCUGUCAUCCAAAACAUCUGGGGGGCACUAGGGUUGGGGGAAAAGCUGCUUAAAGGGGAGCUGGGUGUCCUGCACAGAGUCAGAUCAUCCAUCCAUCUCACUUAGCAUGAUCUAUACCAUCUGACAGCAGCUCUCUGGGAUUUCAGAUGGGGGUCUCUCCUAGCCCUACCUGCAAUGCUGGGGAAUGAACCUUCUUCAUGCAAAGUAGAUGCUCUACCACCCGUUCCCCAAGUGUGCUAUGGCCUUGGCUGUCACUUCAUGUUUGUGGGUGUGCAAUUUAGAUUGGGGAAAACUAGGCGGGUCCCAUUUGGUCAGGGGUGGGGAACUUGUGGCUCUCCAGAUGUUGUUGGGUUGCAGCUCCCAUCUUCCCUGAUCGCUGGCCAUGCUGGCUGGGAUUGGUGGGAGUCCAGCAAAAUCUGGAGGGCCAGAGGGAGCUGGCUUAUUCCAACCUUGCACUUAAGUACGUGCUUAGUUGCAAUGGGUGACCAGGAAUUGCAUGUAGGCGAGUGAGCAGGCUGGCACAGCAUGGAUGGAGCAUUGCAUCCAUCCUCUAUGCUUGGCAUAGAAAUCAAAUGGGCUUCUAGAAGAGGGAAGUCCUCUCUUCUGUUCAGACUAGUAUUUUUUUACCUAUCCUGCCUUUCUUCCAAGGAGCCCAAGGUGGCAUAUAUGUGGAUCUCCCUCCACUCCCCAUUUUAGCAUCACAACCCCUGGGAGGUAAGUUGGACUGGGAGACAGUGACUGGUUUGAGGUCACCUAGUGAGCUUCAUGAUUGAGUGGGGGUUUGAACCGUUGUCUCCUAGGUUCUAAUCCAGUGCUCUAACCCAGGAUUUCCAAAACUUGGAUCUCUUAGCUCUUUUUGGACUACAAUUUCCAUCAUCCCUGACCACUGGUCUUGGUGGCUAGGGAUGAUUGGAGUUGAGUUUCCAGCUGUUUUUGAACUACAAGUUUGGGAAACCCUACUCUAACCACUGCUCCAUACUGGCUUUUAUGAGUGGGCAGGGCUGGUGUCCUGAUCCCUUGGCCCAUUCACACAAUUUACCCCAUAUUCUAAAAUGAUGGGGAAUAUGCUUUUAAAAUCCAUUUUAAUGAGCCUUUUUUCCAUGGAGCACAGGUGUUGCUCCCAUCCAAAGUAAGGUGCAUGGUCAACAGAGAGACUUUUCAGUGAUGGCACCCAUCUGCAGAAUCCCUUGCAUGGGUGGUGCUGUUCUGGCUACAUAAUGUGGAUCCUUAUUAGCUUAUAGGAUUUAUAAUUUAGGAGAACUACUGUUCUCAUACUUUUAUUUCUGUUUAAAUAAAUCAUUUCUUCCUUCCAGUUCACAGCCAAGCAACCAUGAUGGGGUUUUUUAUGAUAAGUCAAACAACAGGACCACCUGGUGGCAAACUGGCCCCUUCUGGAAGCUCAAGUAAAGCCAGGAGAACAUCCUCAUGCUUUAAUUUGGGUUUGGCAACAACUGCCCAAAGACAGACAUGGCAAACUGUCUUGUCCAUCAUUCCUCUUCUUUUUGCCAGCACUGCUGCUUAUAACGAAAGCUAUUUAGCUGUGACUUACCAGACUCCACCUGGCACAAAACCAGGGUCUUCAGAUUCCUUGCCUUUCCAGAACGUUACUGAUGGGCAGCAGUUGACUAGGCAAGACUUGCAAAAUUGGUCUGACAGUGGCCGACCACGUUUUCCUGCUACAGGGAGAGAUCUGUAUACUGCAAACUUAUCAGCCAGCACGGCUGGCACUGUUGACUGGUCCUUUGUUGCAAAUACCCAGUGGGAUUCAAGUAAUGUCUCUGGAAAUAUGGAGUUAAACUUUAGUGAGCAAGGACCCCUGAGUGUUGACUCCACUGUCUUGAAGAUGGACGAGAACAGUUCUAAUGUUCUGGACCUUGCAACUUCACUCGUGCCUGAUUCUACAAGCAUUUCUCUUAAGCUUGCUUCUAAAGGUAUUGAGCAGCUAGAAAUUACCACGGCACCUCUGUCUCUCAUAUCACAAGCAGUAGGAACUGAAAAAAUGGAGACUGCUUACACCAUAAGGGUAACUCCUACAUUGUCCCCAAUAUUGCCUCUUCCAGACACGAGCAGCUCCUUGCCGUUGGAUCCAAAUAUAACACACCAGUUUGCACCUGCUUUCCAAAAUACUGCUGCUGCUACUGAUCAGCCAACUGCUGCUGACACUGUGGUCUUAACUUCAAGAAACCCAAUUGCUCUGGAGCACAUCACCAGGGAUGUGCAGGGCCUACAUGAAACGUUGUCUUCAACUGAAAUGGUCUACAAAACCAGUAUAAGUAGGAUAAUGUCUGAGUAUGUUGGCACAGCUACUUCUACACAUAGUGACUUCCUCAGUGAGCAGUACAGGAAGAAAGAAGGGUCCUACCUAACAUCUGUAGGUUAUGAGACACUGCAUACCACUCAUCAAGAUUCGAUGACCUCUUCUGUUGGAACAACUUCUCCUGGAACCACUAAUAUAAGGAUGAAAUUUCUCCACCCAAGUAGUGGGCAUGCAUCCCAUAGUUCUCUGGCUUCCACGCUGCACACUCCUGCCAAUACCUUGCCUGAUUCUUCUUCACAGUCUUCUGGUGCAAGUUCACAUAAGGCUGACUCUGAGCCGAAUGUUGUGUCCAAUGGCCAGAAACUUGAUACCACUGAAUCAGUGAGUAGAGGGCCCCCCGCAGCUGUCCCUGUAACUUUGUCCCAGUCUUCCCUCUGGCCCUCACUUAGUCAUUCAAAUGAAGCUUUGCCAGCUGUUACUUUCCCCGCUUUUACAACUUUGGCAGGCUUCACAGGCUCUAGAAAGUCCAGAGGGUUUCCCACUCCGCAGCAGCUUGAACUCCUAAGCACUGGCUUUUCUCCACAUAGACCUAUCCCCAUGACUACAGAGUCUCCUUUUGUGUCUUCACUGUCGGCUGCCACUGAUGGAGCCCAUGUCAAUCCAGAGAACUACACUGAGGUACCUCUGAAUUCUGUCUUCCCUUAUUGGGAGGAUAAGGGCACAAUCCCGCCCAGCCAUAGCUUACCAUCUACAGCUGCUCUGACUAGCUCUUCAAGCCAGCCAACCAUGACAGAGUCCACCAUGAACAGGUCCCUGUGGUCCAAAGCUAGAAAUCCUACUUUACCCGUUUCUCAUAGUUUGACAGCAGAGUCUUCUGCUGAUGUGGCUCAUGGCAGUGUUAACAAGCUGGCUUUGGAGACUACUACACAUAUUCCUCAUUCAUCAGCAGAUGGGGAGGCAGCAUUCAGUCUUUCUCUUGCCGCUAUGUCACUCGGCCUUGGCACUCAUGCAGAAAGUGGCCUGUCUGUUGGAUCCCAGAGUUCUCGGAUGAAAGAGCAGGUCACAUCUCUGCUGCCAUCUCCUAGUACUACUGAAGAGGACUCUUUAGCCACUGUUGGAGUGAUAAGCACUUCUGCAGGCGAAGAAGCUAGGCUGGAAUUUAAGGAAGACCCCUCUCCUGUACCACAGGAGCUUAUUGGUUUCAAUGAGGCCUCUACACAUGGCACCAUCUCAAACAGCAAAAGUGGCAUGACCAACUUUGGCAUUAGUUCCCCACCCUGGCAAGCUUCAAGUUCUUCACUUGGCACAUUGCAUGCUGGGGAUGCUGAAACAGGAUAUAAUGUUGGCCCACUGGAAGGUGUAACCAACACUGCUAGUUACAGGGAGCCCCAUAAAAUAACCGCUGCCGCUCAACUGAUGCCUAUGUUCUCCUCGGAGGUCCCACUGAUGGCUUCAGGAGGUACUCCAGCUGAAGACUUGGUCUUUAGCUUAACUUCUGCAGAGUCCCCAGUUCAGCUGACAGAUGAGCACCAUGCUUUGCCCAGGAGGAGGAGUGGAUCGAUGCCAACCCCUUCUCCAAAUUCUACCUCUCUUGCCACGUCGAGGGUUGUGCUGAAGUCCAAGGAGCCUUCUGAGCGAGAGACUCUAACAGUGUCCUCGACCACAAAGAUGGCUAAUGAUUCCACUGUGCACACAUUUACAGCAAGAAGUGACACUAUGCGCCUCUCUAGCCCAUACCUAGAAACAGCAGAGGCUACCUUGCCAAAUAGAGAUGUUUCUGAUGGUACGGUACAUGUUGAUCUCUCUACAGGAGAUGCUACAACUAGGUCUGCAGCAGAAUUUCUCAGUGUGACUUCCCAGGGAUGGAAGCUUGCCAUUCCAAUGUCAUCUCAUGCCACAGCUUCACAUGGAAACAUAACAGAAUCAGGAAGAUUUUUGGUCAUUCCAACCCGUGGGUCUGUAUCUACAAGCUUUAUCUCAAUGGGCUCCUCUAGGAGCAGCAUUCCUGAGUCAAUUUUGAAGAUAAAUGAUGAGGCUACUGAGGGCCCAAUGAGCAGGUGGAAAGAGCAGGGGACACCUACCAACACAAUGCUGCCCGUUGCGUCCAGUGCAGAAGCAUGGACACAUGAUUUGAAAGCCAUCACUUCUUCUCAAACAGCAGCUAACACUACAGAUACAACCACACUUUUGCCUACAAGGGCCUCUGAGGUUGACUUCAAUGUCUCUGCUGUAGCAACUACACUGGGGACCAUACUAGGAUACAAGAUCACAGAUGCCUUUACUGCAGCUGUCCCACAAGUAGUUAGCACAAUGGCUUUGCACAUUGGCAGCUCAGGGUAUGAAAGUUCCACCGCCUCUCAAGGCCCUGCAUAUCUGUCUCUCCCAGAGACCACAUCUACCCAGGCUGUCCCUGUGUCUUCUGUUACAACAGAUCUGCCGACUAGCCCAAGAAUUCUUCCUGGUGAGUUGUCAAGAGCAGCUUGCAGGAAUGCCCCUUGUACAGUGAGCACCAUCCCAGCAUCUUUCACUCCGUCUCAAGGUGCAUCAACUCAGAUUCCCACUACUACCCAAGCACUCACGACUAGAAAGCUUUUAGUUACUCUACUGGGGUCAACAGAUGCCAUGAAGAAUGGGGCCAGUGCAGUUCUUGGCACCAAGAAGACCAGCCCUGAGCAUCUGAUAAGCACAACUACACAAAUGGUGUCUGGAAACCAAGACGGCAACACUCCAAAGCAGCCAGUGUCAAAGUUCGAGGCUCCAGCACUGAGCCAGUUCACCAGGAAGGAGAGUUUGACCUGGAGAACAUCUACGCCACCUGUUCUGGCUGUGCAUAAUCUGCUUUUGCAGUUCCGUCUCAUUGGAAUUGAUUAUGAAGAAUCCUUGCAGAACAAGUCCUCUCAAAGCUACAAGAAGCUGGAGAAAGAAGUAAAGUUGACUGUAAGUAUUCUAGACAAUGGUUUAAAACAAAACAAAACAAAACACCACCACACCUAUUUAACUGACUUUGGAUCAGAUUUUGGUGCAUUUUUGACAUUAUCACUGUGGUAAUCUACCCUUCCACCACUUUGUCCUACAGGUUUGUUGGUGGUGGGCCCUCUACCCAUGGGUGAGGCCAACUCUAGGAAUCCGUACUAUUCUUUUUAUCCCUCUUGAGUCAAUUACUUGCACAAUUGUACAGCAGAUCUGCAACUUACGUGCAUUUAACUUGCGCCCACUCAGCUUUAUGCUCUUGGCAAUUAAUUUUUUUAAAGAGGGCCAGAAAGCCUACUGUACAACUAUAAGAUCUACACUUGUUGCUCUUCUCUCUUUAUGCUCGGGCUCUUCUGAAACUGGCAAGUGGCCCCUGGAAAAUUGCCUAGGAGGGAAUGUCCCCCUUGGACUGAAAAAGGUUCUCCACCCCUGUUGUUAAGGCGAAAACAGCAUCGUUAUGUGUCUGGUCCAAUUUGUCUCUUGCUGUCCAGGAAGAGCAAACAUUGAGCUACAUCCCAUGGCAUCGCCAUCUGCAUGUUUGUUCCGUGGGAACUCUGCAUUCUAAAUGUUCUUCUGGGCAAACAGUCCCUGCACAAAUAAGCAUCUUUGUGUUCUGCUUUCAGUUAAACAAGAUGCUAUCUACCUAUGAGACCUUUCUCCAAGCAAACAUUCUCCGUUUCUUGUAAGUUACUCUUUAUCGACCGCACUGUUGUGUUUCCAGAGAGGAAAAGGUUGGCCUGUUCAGAAAGUACCUGGCUUUCAUUUCUUGAGCAUUAUCACAUAUUGCUUAGCUGUGAACUUAGGAUUCACUUUCAGUGUAGAAAAAGGCCUUUUUUUGAGGUGCACUUCAAGCUGAGAGAGAACUCAUUCAUUCCUCAUCUAUGUUUGUUGGUGCAACUUGACCUACACUCUUUAGCAGGUCUCUGCUAUACAUUUCAAGCCGUAGCCUACCACUUUAAACACUCGCAGCUUCCCACAAAGAAUCCUGGGAAUCCCUUUGUUAAGGGUGCUGUGAGAAGUUCAGAGACCCUCUUCCCCUCAUUGAGCUACAAUUCCAAGAGGUUCCUGGGAAGAGGGCUUGAUUGAUACGCCACUCUAGGAACUGCAACAUGGCGAGGGGAAGAGGGAUCUGCUAACCACUCUCAACGCCCAUAACAAACGACAGUUCCCAGAAUUCUUUGAGGGAGGGGGGAAUCACAACUGUAUUAAUACAUUAUUGCUUUGAGUGUAUAGAGCAGGUGGGUCUUCACCACCAGUCCGCCUGUGAAUUACUGCCAAAUACCAUUGGGUGGUUUGGAAAUGCAAGUGGCACCAAGACAUGGAGUAUCUGAACCAGACUUUCUCACCCAGAUACUGCUGGAUUGCACCUCCAGUCAGCCUUGACCAUUGCCCACACUGGCUUGGCUGAUGGGAGCUGCAGUUCAAAACAUCUGGAGGGGCGCCAGAUCUAAACAGAGGAGGACGAAUAGAGGAGGCCCAUGCCUACAAGCUCCAUCCUAACCGUCACACAUUCAAUGGGAAAGUCUCAAUUUUCUCAUUCAGUUGAUCAGGCGUAGAGGUCUCUCAAAGUUCGGGAGAAUGCAUAAUGGGAAGAGUCUAUAUAUAAAUAACAGAAUCAGAUAAGUGCUGGAAGUGCAAAGAGAUGGAGGGAACGUUCUUUCAUAUGUGGGGGACAUGUAAAAAGGUAAAAGAGUAUAGGGAAAUGAUUUAUAAUGAAUUGAAAAAAAUGUUUAAAAUUACUUCCCCCCCUCCCCAAAACAGAGUCCUUUCUGUUGGGAAUAACCCAGACUGAAAUUCCCAGGUGUCAGAAAAGGUUAUUUAUGUAUGCAACUACUGCGACCUGUGUUUUGUUAGUCCAAAAAUGGAAAAUAAGCGAGGUCCCACUUAAAGAAGAAUGGCAACUUAAGCUGACAGAAUAUGCGCAACUUGCAGACUUAACAUAUAGAAUAAGAGAACAAGAACAUACGUUUAGAGAAAUAUAUGGAAAAAAUUGUGUACACUUUAAAACGUUGGCAGCAUUAAGAUAAAUUCAACAGUGUAAACAAGUUUUGAUGGAUGCAAUAAUGGAAUACUGAAUGGUUUAGCGUAUUUUUCGCUCUAUAGGACGCACUUUUUCCCCUCCAAAAAUGAAGGGGAAAUGUGUGUGCGUCCUAUGGAGCGAAUGCAGGCUUUCCCGGGCUUCCUGCAGCUCCGUGCCACCCUCCAGAUCCCGGCGCGAAGCCGCCUGAGCUCCAGGGCUUCCUGCAGCUCCGCGCCACCCUCCGGAUCCCGGCGCGAAGCCGCGCGGGGCUCCGGAGGGUAGCACAGAGCUGCCUGCGCUCCAGGGCUUCUUGCAGCUCCGCGCCACCCUCCCGAUCCCGGCGCGAAGCCGCGCGGGGCUCCGGAGGGUAGCGCGGAGCUGCCUGCGCUCCAGGGCUUCUUGCAGCUCCGCGCCACCCUCCUGAUCCCGGCGUGAAGCCGCGCGGGGCUCCGGAGAGUAGCGCAGAGCUGCCUGCAUUCCGAAGCCUGGUGCGCACUGAAGAGCGCGCCCGGGCUUCGCGCACCUCUCCACAAGCCUGGGGAGACCGGCUCGGUUCCCUAGGCUUGCGGAUAGCAGGCUGUUCUGGGGGCUGGGGUCGGGGGAAGCUCGGGCUUCCCCCGCUCCUGCCCCGUGCCUGGGGAGGGAUUUUUUUUUUCUUUAUUUCCCCCCCCCAAAAAAAAAUUAGGUACCUUGAACGCACCUUGUUUUAGAGGGAGAGAACAAGAAAAAAAAUUUUUUCCCCUGUUCUCCCCCUCCUAUGAUCCGGUGCGUCCUAUGGUCCGGUGCGUCCAAUGGAGCGAAAAAUACGGUAGUUUUUGUAAAAUAUGCAGGGAUUUAUGAUAUUUAAAAUGAACCAUGGAAAGAGAAGAAAGGAAGUCAUUGAUAUUUUAAGGAUGUUUAAAUGAGUAUUUUAAUGGGAACACUCCAGGGCCCAUUUCCUCCUGGCAUUUUGAGAAUGCAUGGAAGCCAAACCUUUGCUCUCCAAGUAGAGUUUAAAAUGGUUAGUCAUAGCACGUCAUCCCAAACUUGCUUUUCUAGGAACAGGGGAUCAUAUUGAUCAAUUUGAUGGCACUCCAGAGGGUGGUGAAUUCUUUCCUCCUUGCAAUGGUGUUAUGAUAGGAGGUCUACUAGAGGUGGCCAAAUACAUCGUGGUUGUUCUGGCUUCUCCACAGGAAUGGCUCUGUGAUCGCUGAGGCUGUGGCUGUGUUCCAGGCUGGAGGCCCUGUUCCCACACCCUCGGACGUCAUCCGUACAAUUGUCACAGAGGUGGAGAGGCGGGAAAUGGACACCUUCUUUGGCUGGAGGGUGGAUCUGAAAUCUCUUCAGUCAAAAGGUGAGCUCUGUUGGAAUAUCUGAAAGACAUCAUAAAGACAAGGAGGAUCUGGAAGUUGCAACAGCUAUGAUCACUGCAGCCAGACUAGUCAUAGCAAGAAACUGGAAAUCUGAUAAAGCAUUUGACGUCUUACAAUGGAAUAAAACUAUAUCGGAUGUAGCAUAGUUGACAGAACCUGUGUAUUAUAUAGAUGAGUAAUUGAAGGACGUGUAGCAAAUGAAUUUACUGGUGGGGGGGAAUAGUAAUUGUUGAAUAUUGGAACAACUACAGUAUGUUCAGCCUUAUAUUAACAGUAUGAGGCCAGUUUACUUGUAAGAUAGCUGUAUACCAUAUUUGCCCACUCAAGCGCUUUGAUAUGUUACCUGUGCACUGUAAUACUUGCUUUGCAAGUAUUUUAGUUGUGUGCAUGGUCUCUCUUUUACACUCACAAUGUUGCAAAAUUUAGGCAGUGGUACCCACUUAUGAGGAGACAAAUGAUUGACAGACACAGCAAUUUGGAGAAAAAGGUGAAGUUUAUUGCUGAGCAAUAAUGGACCCAGUUGGAAUCCUUUCCGAAAGACUGGGACCCCAAAGAAUUCAAGUUCAGGAGUUAUAUACCUGAGUGCAGCAUCACAGAUCAUGAGACAAUCAUGAGACAAUCACGAACGCCAGCGAAAAAUAACCAAUGAGCGCGCAUUCUGCCAUGCUCUUGACCGUGCGCAGAGUACAACUCCCAACUUCUGCUUUCCUUUGUCUGUACAGUCUGACCUUUUCCCUAGUUGAUGGAACAGGGAAUUGACCAUAACUCCCCCGUGCAUCUGUUCAUGUAGGGGUAUUGUGGUCAGCCCUUCCUGUUUCGUGUACAAUUUUAGUCUGGACUAGAGGGAGAGAGUUGUACCAGCGUCUUCUGAUUUAUAGCUUCCCCUUUCUCUAGGGUGCAAGAAAGCACUGGGGGAAAGGUCCAUCUCUGAACUUGUGGUUUCAAGCAGUUUUUCUGUUAGACUAGGCAAAAGCUUUUUAUGAUUCAAAUGGAUUAUAAAAAUCACUGUAAAACUCUGGUUAUAUGUGAGCAUAUGCGAAUAUAUUGAUAACUGAUAACUGAUUAUAUGAAUAGCUGAUUAUAUGAAAAGCCUAAGGAUAAUAAUCCUCUAGGGUCCUGCUUCAAUAACAGCCCUGCAGGGUAGAUUUUUUUGGGAGAGUGCCUGCCCAAGGUCAGCUCUGUGACUGAGUAGGGGGUUUGAACCCAGGUCUCUACUCCAGUUUUCUCUCUAAACACACACACACACACACACACACACACACACACACACACACUUGCUGUCUCAAGAUCAACUGUCUAUACUAUAUAUUUAAAUUAGGUUAAUUUGGAUAUGCAGAAGAUAUUAUAAAUAAAUUUAAGGAGCCGCAGAAAGAGGGGGAAGGAAGUCAAAUUUUAAAAUGUCAACAUGAUUGUAAAAUUGGUGAAAUGUAUAAAAAUUAGUGAAAUGUAUAAACCUGAAAAGUAUAAAUAAUUUUUUUUAAAAAAACCACAGUCUAUACAGCAGUAAUAGCAGUCAUUUGAUAAGCUAGAGGAGGGAGGAAGAAAGCAAGCAUGUUCCUUUUUCUAUUAAUUAUAAAACAAAUAAAAAACAUGAGAAAUAAAAGCAAUUAUUAUUAAUUGCUCUGUCCCUUGAAUGUUAUCUGUAUCUCUACUAGGGUUCAGCUUGAAAAACCUAGAACCAGAGAAGCUGGCUGUAUCAUUCACAGUUCUGGGGCUGGGAUCUUCAGCAUGGCAUGAUGAACUUGAUGGCAUGAUGAACCUGGAACAUAUGGAAAAGCUAAGACGCAAGGUAAUUUGGGGGUGAAAGGCCCUUUGGCUUCAGGUGUGGGAGACUUAACGUCUGGAAGAUGCUGUCCUCCUUGUGAGUUGGUUGCAAUAAUUCUCUUUUUACCUUUCUCAUUCUUACAGCUAAAUCAGAUGUAGUUGGGUGGCUGUAGCAGUGUAGCCUAAUCUUUUAAGAGUGGCUGACACAUCCUGCCUAAGCUUACUGGUGCUGGUGACAACUCCUCACUUAGAAAACUGAUCCUCCCUUACCCACAAUAGCUCUCAACCCUGCUUUUAGUGAAUUGCAAGCCACCUAACAGUAUCAGAUGGGAGCAAAAGGCAGGAAAAGAGAGUGCAGAAUAAAAGGAAGGAAUAGAUUGCAGCUAAUGAAGUUUUGUAAGCAGUGCUUCGGGUUGCUUGGCAUCUGUGGUGUUGAAGAAGCCCGGAAGUCAUGUCUAAAGCAGUGAUGGAAAACCUGCAGUCCCAAAAGUUAGGAGGAUCGCAGCUUCCAUCAUCCCUGACCAUCAGCCAGGCUGUCUGGGGCCAAUGGGAGCUGGGAGUCGAAACAUAAUCUCUUGGGCACCUGCUCCUGAUCUAGAGGCAAGUACAUAGCUGACCUUUAAAGCUCUUAAUGGCCUCGGUCCUGUAUACCUGAAGGAGCAUCUCCACCCCCAUCAUUCAGCUCGGACAAUGAGGUCCAGCACCGAGGGCCUUCCAGCAGUUCCCUUGCUGCGAGAAGUGAGGUUACAGGGAACCAGGCAGAGGGCCUUCUCAGUAGUGGCACCUGCUCUGUGGAACACCCUCCCAGCAGAUGUCAAGGCAAUAAGCAACUAUUUUACUUUUAAAAGACAACUGAAGGCGGCCCUGUUUAGGGAAGUUUUUAAUGUUUGAUGCUGUAUUGUUUUUAAUAUUUGGUUGGAAGCUGCCCAGAGUGGUUGGGGAAGCUCGGUCACACGGGGAGGGUAGAAAUAAAUUAUUAUUAUUUAUUAUUAUGGCAUGCCACCAUAGAAGAGGCCCCCUCUGACUGGCACCUGCCUGACCUCCACAAGUGGCAGCAUCUGAGAAGGCCUUCAAAUGGAUGAAUGGGCAAGUUCACCUGGAGUCAGGUGCUGCUUUUACAUACCGUGGUCAGGUCUUGCCCUCAUUGGGAAGCAAAGGAGGACGUGGCUUGAAUGGCUUUGGGAAGAUUCCUGUCUUACCUCUUUGUGGGUCCCAAGUGCCUUCAGAACCCUGUGUCUGCUCUUUCCCCUUAUUCCUGCUUCAGUCAGCACCUUGCUCUCAUCUCUUCUUACUUGCCCUGUUCCUGCCCCUGUUUACUCCCUGCAUCUCUGCUUGUUCCUCCUCCGUUUUAUGGUUCCUUACACAUUCCCACUUUCUCCCCAUUCUCCCUUCACUUGGUGGCUGGGAUCCACACCCAAUGUAUCUCUCAUCCCACCGUUAUCCUCUGUUGGGCAGAGCAGUGCUGCAUCCUCAGCAAGGCUCCCCCCGCUUUAUCCUUUCCAGUCCAACUGGCUCACCUUCCAGCUGAACCACCAACGCUGUGGCACAUUGAAGAGGAAUCUCCCCCAAGCUCUGCUCACAGGGUUCUUGUGGCCUCAUCUUCCCUUGUUUGCCAUAGAAACCCUAAACUCUGCUAAGCAUGAGACUCUUAAUCUCAGGAUUAAUCUCAUGGAUUCAAACCUUCCAACUCUACAAUUCUAUGAUUCUGUCCGGCGGUGAUGGCUCCAGCUUUGAGGUUUAACAUCUGCAUGCUGAUGAAUUCUGAGUAAGAACAACAUUGACUUUUGUCUGUAGGUGUUCCUGUUGCUUGGAACUCGGUACACAGUCCAGAAUAUCUCUCUUAAUCAAGUCGGGUAUGUACAUGAGUUAAUCUCCUUUAGGGGCUGGGCAGUGGUGCUGUUGGGCAGCUUACAAGCGUCGGCUUCUGUUUUGUGUCCUAGUGGGAAGGAUCCACUCUUGAAGAAGGUAAAUCUGUGGUCAUGCCAUCUCCUAUACUAGAUUUGUACUGGCUCAAGCAAACAGUUUGUAUCUCAGCAAAGCUUUAUAAUGGGGAAAGGGGAACCUGCGGUCUUCAGUGUUGGACUACAACUCCCAACUCCCAACUUUCAGGCCAGCAUAGCCAAUGGUUGGGACUUGUAGUCUGGCAAUAUUUUGGAUGCUUUCACAGGUUCCUCUUCCAUACUUUAUAAUCUGAACCCUAGAAAGUGCUGGUGUAUACUUUUUAAGCUGGAGGUUUGAGCUAUCUAGUACCUAAAUGCCUAGGCUGGUCAAAGCUGGAUAACCUUCUCUUGGUUGUAGUCUUGGUACGUAUUGAUGGAACCUUUGGACUUGACUAGGAAUAAAAUGCUUUUCACCAGUAACUUGUUGUUUGAGCGGGACCUCAAAGACCUCUAUGAUUGGGUGCCUGAUCAAAACCAAUCCCAAGUGUUAAAACAGUCAAUGUUUUUCAACAUGUUUGGCCAGGUGCCUGCUUAAUAAUAAUUUUAUUAUUUAUACCCCACCCAUCUGGCUGGGUUCCUUAGGGUGUAUUGUAGCACCACUUGGGGGUAGGGAUACUCUCUUAUGUGCACAGGGUAACACAACUUCUGUUGCUUGCAGAUAUAGCCAAGGUGGUGUCAAUAUAAAUGGAGAUGUCUAUAUUGAUACCAGUGCUCAUGUGGACAUUGACUGGGCUCUAAAAGCACUGAUGGGGCUUAGAAACUACUCUGUGGACCUCACGUCUCUCUCCAUCAAUGGUCAGUAGCCACUCUCCUUCUGGCUUGCUUUUAGGGAUGAUGAUGGGCAGUAGGUGGGAAGCUUAAUUCUCUGCUCCUAACCCCAUGCUUUCUGCUUACAGGGUCACGCCUAAGUCUCCAGGUCUUUCCAGUGUCUUUCUUGGUAACCAACAGGAUAUUCAAUGAGAGAAUGAUGGAUCGUUCUUCUGUAGAGCAUCAGAACAUUGCUAAGGAUAUAUCUGAUGUGGUAGGCAUGAGAUGUUAAUACUAAACGUUAAUGGUUGGUAGGGUCUCUAAUAUAAGGACAGGGGAUCUCCAGCCCAUAAGCUGGAUGUGGCCCUUCAGAUCUCUCUUUCUGGCCUUUCAACUCUCACUAGCCCCAUUCCAUCCUGCCCUCUAAAGACACAUUCCAGAUAGGUAAAAGCACUUGAACUGCUGCUUUAACAACAGCAAGGGAUGUAAGAUGGAAUUGCUUGAAGGAGUAGGAAACCACUGGAUGAUGAAAAGGGAUGCAACUGGCCAUCUAUGGGGCGGGGACGUAUUGAGGAUAUUCAAGCAGAGAUGAGGCUGGCAAGGCCACAAAAGGCUCAAAAGGCAAAGCAAGGUGUUUGUGCAGGAUCUUGCUGCUUGCAGGAAGCCAAUGAAGGAAUUUAAGCUUUAUGAUUUCCUAGGAUUUUGAGUAAUGAUACGCAGAGCAAGUGACCAACUGUAAACAUCUAUUAUUAUUAUUAUUAUUAUUAUUAUUAUUAUUAUUAUUCCAGCUAACACAUAUUCUGGGGAAGUACAAAAACCUCCUGCAAGUGGCAAUCCGAGACAUCACGUAAGUAAUUCUGUCUUGAUUUUCACUUGCUCUAAUACAGACUAGGCACUGAAAGCUGAAACUCGCAGGUGAGCCUUUUUUUCAUUUGCAAAACCUGCACAACCUUUUUAACCUAGGUAAACUGAACUUGUUUUUUUAAAGGCUAAGCUUAUCUCUUUUAAAACCAAGGUGACUCUCCCACUAGCUGCGCCUCUUACUGUGUGAGGCCAAAUAUAUUAGUGGGCUUUUCUUCUUACCCCUUCUCUACAAUUGUAAGUUUGUCUGGUCUGCCCUUUCUUCACAACUGGGAAUUUAGCCAAGUUUCUACACUAGGGUAGUGUUGAAAACUCGGUUCCUACAGGUUCCUAUCCUUAAGCCUAUCUCUUUGUCCUGACUGCAGCGGUGGAUCCCUGAUAUGUCAUGGAGAUGUGAUAUUCCAGCACCCAGCUCCAACAAGCAAGGAUGUCCUACAGACUCUCGCUCUUUCAGUUGGCCCGAAGGAUUAUCUGGACUCCUCAGAUCUCCAAGUGGACCCAUUCUCCUUUACUGUAGCAGGUAUGCCAGUAUAAGUUUCAGAAAGGGGCCUUAAAGGGAAAGCAUUGCAGUAAUCUAAUCUUGAGGUUACCAGAGUAUAGACAAUAGUAGUUAGGCUAUCCUCGUCCAGAUAGGGGCAUAGCUGGGCCACCAGCCGAAGCCGAUGGAAGGCACUCCUGAGGCCACCUGAGCCUCAAGUGAGAGCAAAGGAUCCAGGAGUUACCCGCAAGCUACAAACCUGCUCCUUCAGAGGAACUAUAAUCCCAUCUGAAGCUGGACCAAUAAAGCACUUCUGAAUUAUAAUCUGCUUUCUCCCCCUGCAAUUAGCAGUGGGUGGUGGAUGAUGAACUUCCUAGAUGAACUUCUAGGAACCAUCCAACUCGAGGAUUCCGUGACUUCUCUUCAUUUUAAAUAUUUAUUUAGGUGAUGGGCUGGAGCCUCCCGUUACACAUCGAGGUGUCCCUGGCUAUGUGGUAGCCAUCAUUGUGCUCUGUGUCCUUGCAAUAGUUGCUCUUCCUAUCCUGGCUCUGCUGGUAAGUAUCUCAUAUGAACCAUACAAUCAUUCUUUUUUGCAUUGCUCUUGCUCCCUGUAAGGGUUCUGGCUUUGUCUUGCCCUAGAUCAGCAUUUCCCAAACUUGGGUCUCCAUCCAGCUGGUUUGGGACCACAACUCCCAUCAUUCCCAAGUAGCAGGACCCCAGUGGUCAGGGAUGAUGGGAACUGUAGUUCAAAACAGCUGGAGACUCGAGUUUAUGAAACACUACCCUAGUUAGGGACGCGGGUGGUGCUGUGGGUAAAAGCCUCAGCGCCUAGGGCUUGCCGAUCGAAAGGUCGGCGGUUCGAAUCCUCGCGGCGGGGUGCGCUCCCGUUGCUCGGUCCCAGCUCCUGCCAACCUAGCAGUUCGAAAGCACCCCUGGGUGCAAGUAGAUAAAUAGGGACCGCUUACCAGCGGGAAGGUAAACAGCGUUCCGUGUGCUGCGCUGGCUCGCCAGAUGCAGCUUGUCACGCUGGCCACGUGACCCGGAAGUGUCUCCGGACAGCGCUGGCCCCUGGCCUCUUGAGUGAGAUGGGCGCACAACCAUAGAGUCUGUCAAGACUGGCCCGUACGGGCAGGGGUACCUUUACCUUUUACCUACCCUAGUUUCUAAAGAGCACCUCCCUCCCUGCGCCCCAGUCAGAACCAGGGUCAGAAUAGGUGACAAUGUCCAAUGGUUCAAAGGCAGAUCCUGCUAUUCAGUUUUUCCCUUAGGCAGCUGACCUGAUGGCCGUUGGAAUGCCCACCAAGUCAGGUGGGAGCUUGAUGGAGUUCCCCUCCUCCCUCACCCACGUCAGGAAUCACUUUUUAUAUCACAAAAUGUUUUUGAUUGUUUCCUUCUGAGUCUGGCAUGUAGAAGGCAAAGUGUGCUGAAAAUAAGGUUCUUGAGCAAACUGCAAGACAGAGGUGCAGAACCUGAUCUGGACAGAGGGCCAGAUCUUUUUCUCCUCUGUGCCUCGCUGGCCAGUGCCACCAACCUGAUACACGGGUGGUGCUGUGGUCUAAACCACUGAGCCUCUUAAGCUUGCCGAUCGGAAGGUCGGCGGUUCGAAUCUGCGCAACGGGGUGAGCUCCUGUUGCUCUGUCCCAGCUCCUGCCAACCUAGCAGUUCAAAAGCACGUCUAAGUGCAAGUAGAUAAAUAGGUACUUCUGCAGUGGGAAGGUAAAUGGCGUUUCUGUGCACUCUGGUUUCUGUCACGGUGUCCCGUUGUGCCAGAAGUGGUUUAGUCAUGCUGGCCACAUGACCUGGAAACCUGUCUGUGGACAAACACCAGCUCCUUUGGCCUGAAAGCAAGAUGGGCACUGCACUCCAUAGUCACCUUGGACUGGACUUAACCAUCCAAGGGUCCUUUACCUUUUAGCUUUACCCACCCGUCAGUCACCUGAUGGCACAGGGACAUCCGGUGAUGAUCACCAAGACUUCAGAGCACAGCACAGGCCUAUCUGCUGGUGGGCCAUCACUUGAAUCCUGCUUUCUGCAGGGAUAGGCCAUGCAAAGCUGGGAGACCUGUGGCUGUCCUCUCUCUAUCAGUCCCAGCCAGUGUGGUCAAUGGUCCGGGGACUAGAGAUGUAGUUCAGCAACAUCUUGGGGAGCACCCAACAGGCACCCCUGGUCUACAGGCAGAAUGUGGUUUGGUAAAGCACUAAAGGCUUAAUCUUGUAUUAGGCAAGAUCGUCAGAUGAUCCUAUGAUGUAGGAAUGAUGUACAUCUUUGGUAGGGGCAUGCCUGCUCCAGACUUCUGGAAGCAGCUUUCUUUUGUACUAUGAGCAGCCUAUUCCAUUGAGCUCCACUUAGUUUGGAAGUCUGGGUGGCCCAGUUGGUUGGAGCAUGGUGCUGAUAAUGCAAGGUUGCAGGUUUGAUCCCCAUGUGGGACAGCUGCAUAUUCCUGCACUGCAGGGGGUUGGACCAGGGUCCCUUCCAACUCUACAGUUCUAUUCAGCUGCACUGGCUCCCGGUGGAGUACAGGGUCAGAUUUAAGGUGCUGCUUUUGACCUUUAAAGCCCUUCACGGCCUAGGACCCUCGUACCUACGGGACCGCCUCUCCCGGUAUGCCCCACGGAGAGCCUCAAGGUCCAUAAAUAGCAACACCCUAGAGGUCCCGGGCCCUAAGGAAGUUAGAUUAGCCUCAACCAGAGCCAGGGCCUUCUCAGUGGUGGCUCUGGCCUGGUGGAACGCUCUGCCUCAUGAGACCAGGGCCCUGCAGGAUCUGAUUUCUUUCCACAGGGCCUGUAAGACAGAGUUGUUCCGCCUGGCCUUUGGCUUGGAGCCAAUUUGAUUCCCUCCCUCCCUCUCUUUCUUUUUCCUUUUCCUUCUCCUCCUGCGAUGAGGCUACAUUUUAAUAUUUUAAUGUUCCAGUAUUUUAAUUGCUUGUAAGCCGCUCUGAGCCCGGCCUUGGCCUAGGAGGGCGGGGUAAAAAUAAAAAAUUAUUAUUAUUAUUAUUAUUAAUUCUAACUGGCAACUUGCUAGGCUACAGUCCCUUAACUAGCUCUACUAACUUCUCCUAAGCGAAAGGUGCGUGGCCGGAGAGACAAGAUUAUUAUCAACAGGUGGCGUGACCAUGAAACGUGCGUGGAGACAUUUGAACUAGAUAACCCAGGAUUCCACCCAACUCCGGAUGAGGUAUACUCCAGACUGUCAGAACAUAUGGAAAAAUGUGAGUGUGCAGCCAGCUCCAAAGGAGUUGAAAGUUCCCCAAACUGGCCUUUGAAGAAUCUAGAAAUCUUUAGUAUUUUGGUUAUACAUGCCUUGGAUUUUUUUUAAUUUUUAUUUUGGCAGGGGGAGAAGGGACAAGGGCUUCUGCCAUGAAAAAACUUCUUUGUGCAUUGCCAAAGCACAAAAUCUGAAUUGGCAGUGUGCUGAUAACUGAAUAUACUAACCAAGGCACCGUCUUUCCUUUUUAUGAGCAGAGUACAUCAGGCUUUCAUGCUUCUGAAUAAAAACAAAAUAAUUUGUGAAGACACACUCUCUUGAUGUAGCUUAGAUUUUUAAAUUCUAGCAGAUUAGAAAUGUUGAAAUAGUGAUGGGGGAUUUCAGUGAAAGAGAGAGGUUUCAGAAUGAGACAGGUUUGACUGUGGUUAAGAAAGUGAAAUACCUGGGGAUUAAUAUGACAGCCAAAAAUGGGAACUUAUUUAAAGAUAAAUAUGAAAAAUGUUGGACGGAAGUGAAAAAAGAUUUAGAAAUUUGGUCAAAUCUGAAGCUUUCACUGUUGGGUCGUAUUGCUGUGAUAAAAAUGAAUGUAUUGCCUAGAAUGCUGUUUUUGUUUCAAACAUUGCAAAUUGUGGACAAGAUGGAUUGUUUCAAGAAGUGGCAGAAAGAUAUUUCUAGAUUUGUCUGGCAGGGCAAGAAGCCCAGAAUAAAAUUUAAGAUAUUAACUGAUGCAAAGGAAAGGGGUGGAUUUGCCCUGCCAGACUUUAAACUUUACUAUGAAUCAGCAACUUUUUGCUGGUUGAAAGAAUGGCUACUUCUUGAAAACACAGACAUUUUGGACCUAGAAGGUUUUAACAAUGUAUUUGGAUGGCAUGCAUAUCUGUGGUAUGACAAGGUCAAAGCGCAUAAAGCAUUUAAAAACCAUAUUGUCAGGAAAGCAUUGUUUAAUGUUUGGAUAAGAUACAAGGAUUUAUUGGAAAACAAAACCCGAAGGUGGCUGUCACCGAUGGAAGCGAAAGCUCUGAAAAGGCUCAGUAUGGAGACCAAUUGGCCGAAAUAUUGGGAAAUUUUGGAACAAGAUGGAGAUAGACUGAAACUGCAGAGUUUUGAGAAACUAAAAAAUAAAGUGUGAGAUUGGCUUCAUUAUUAUCAGAUAAUGGAGGCAUAUAAUUUGGACAAGAAAAUUGGACAAGAAAAUUGGAAAAAUCAAAAUUAGAAACAGAACUGUUAGAACCCAAAACUAAGAUUUUGUCAAAGAUGUAUAACUUGCUGUUGAAAUGGAAUACUCAGGAUGAAACGGUGAAAUCUGCUAUGAUUAAAUGGGCACAAGAUUUUGGACAUAACAUUAUGUUUGCUGACUGGGAACAGUUGUGGACCACAGGUAUGAAGUUUACGGCAUGUAAUGCUUUAAGAGAGAAUAUUAUGAAAAUGAUAUACAGGUGGUACAUGACCCCAGUCAAGCUUGCAAAAAUUUAUCACUUGCCCGAUAACAAAUGUUGGAAAUGUAAAGAAACUGAAGGUACAUUCUUUCACCUUUGGUGGACGUGCCCAAGGAUUAGGGCUUUCUGGGAAAUGAUAUAUAAUGAAUUGAAGAAGGUAUUUAAAUAUACCUUCUUGAAGAAACCAGAGGCCUUUCUCCUGGGCAUAGUCAGCCAAUUGGUGCCAAAGAAGGAUAGAACCUUUUUUAUGUAUGCCACAACAGCAGCAAGAAUACUCAUUGCAAAGUAUUGGAAGACACAAGAUCUACCCACUCUGGAAGAAUGGCAGAUGAAGCUGAUGGACUAUAUGGAACUGGCAGAAAUGACUGGCAGAAUCCGAGACCAGGGAGAAGAAUCGGUGGAAGAAGAUUGGAAGAAAUUCAAAGACUAUCUACAGAAUUAUUGUAAAAUUAAUGAAUGUUAGAAUGAUGUUGGAUAGAAAUUAAGUGGUUUCCAGCUGUAAUGCUUUAAGGGAUUAUGAAAAAUGGGUUGUUAAUAGGUAAAAAUUUAAUGUUACUAUUUCAAGACUAAAGAUUAGGAUAAAUAAAGAGGGUAAGGAUUUGCUGAACCAACAAAUUGAAUUGGAAUACAAAAAAGGGAGGUAUGAGGAGGUCCUGGAAACAAGCUAAAGGAAAAUAAGUAAUGGAAAAUCUGUGUGUUUUUAAUUAUUUUUAUUUUGUAUUUUUGUUAUUUUUUUCAUUUUUAUUGUAAUACUUUAAAAAAGCUUAAUAAAUAUCUUAUAAAAAAAAGAAAAGAAAGUCUCCCAGUUCACGGGCUUCUGGAGUUGACAGCGAUCUGUUUUGCCUUUUGCCCACAGGAUGGUGCCAGAUGCUCUUAG